ACAACGAGUGACUGUAUGACAUUUACCUCAUGCAUUUAACCAAAACAGCACGCAUUUUCAAAUUAUUUGAUUCUACGGGAUGAGCAGAGAAGAAAAUGUCUGCUAAUUUAUCUGCAGUUAUACCUGUCAUGUAACAUAUAUUUUCUCACUUACUACCAAAGAAGAUUUGUUGUUACAGGAGCUAGCUAGCCAACUAAAAAUGGAGUACCUCAGGACUUGUAAACUCUUAGUUAACGUUACCAUUCCCAAACACUGGAUCUCUAGUGGAUAUAUCCAGUCCAGAUACUGCUCCAAUGUAGCUAACGCCAAUGUGUCGUCGAGGGAAAGGAGGAAAACUGUAGAGGAGUUCAAGUCCCAGCUAUCUUCUGGUCCAACUUUUCAGCAUUUCAUUCAAGGAGUACCACUGAAGAAGACUUUUGUGUCAGAUGAUCAGCCCGAGCAAAGCUACCUUUCUGAGGAAUUAGGGAAUUCAAGGAAAGUGUACUUUGAAACCUAUGGGUGUCAAAUGAAUGUAAGCGACACAGACAUAGCCUCCUCCAUACUGCAGAGUAAGGGAUACCAUAGGACAGGUGACCUAAGUGAGGCAGAUGUUGUACUUCUGGUCACAUGCUCCAUAAGAGAAAAAGCAGAGCAAACAAUUUGGAAUAGGCUACAACAACUGACAGUUAUGAAGAAAAGGCGAUUAAAGACACAAACACCAAUGAAAAUUGGAAUCUUAGGGUGCAUGGCAGAGAGGCUAAAGACAGAGCUUUUGGAGAGGGAGAAGCUUGUAGAUGUUAUUGCUGGACCAGAUGCCUACAGGGACCUUCCCCGCCUCCUGGCUGUCGCUGAUGGAGGACAUCAGGCGAGCAAUGUACUCCUGUCAUUAGAGGAGACUUAUGCAGACAUCAUGCCUGUCCACCAUGCUCCUCAGGGGCACAGCGCUUUUGUAUCCAUCAUGCGGGGAUGUGACAACAUGUGUAGUUACUGCAUUGUCCCCUUCACCAGAGGAAGAGAGAGGAGUCGACCUAUCAGCUCCAUACUAGAGGAAGUUCGUAUACUCUCUGACCAGGGUGUGAAGGAGGUGACUCUCCUGGGCCAGAACGUGAACAGCUACAGAGACACUUCUGAGGAACAGUUCUGUGGCUCAGAUCCGACUCAGCUCAGCCGCGGAUUCAAGACCAUAUACAGAACUAAACAAGGAGGUCUGCGCUUCUCUGACCUGCUGGAUAGGGUAUCACGCAUCGAUCCUGACAUGAGAAUCAGAUUCACCUCCCCUCAUCCCAAGGAUUUUCCUGAUGAGGUUUUGCAUCUGAUUUCGGAGCGAGGGAACAUUUGUCAGCAGAUCCACCUUCCAGCACAGAGUGGGAGCUCCAAGAUCCUAAAAGAAAUGCGUCGUGGCUACACAAGAGAGGCGUACCUUGAUCUUGUGAGUAACAUCAAAAGUAUUAUUCCAGAUGUGAGUCUCAGCAGUGACUUCAUCUCAGGCUUUUGUGGAGAAACAGAGGAAGAUCACCAGCAGACGUUGUCUCUUAUCAGAGAGGUUGGUUACAAUGUGGGAUUCCUGUUCGCCUACAGUAUGAGAAAGAAAACCCAUGCCUUCUAUCGGCUACAAGAUGAUGUACCAGCGGAGGUGAAGCAGCGGAGGCUGGAGGAGUGUAUCAGCGUGUUCAGAGAAGAAGCAGCGAGGCUCAACGCUGCUCUCAUCGGCAGCACACAGCUUGUCUUGGUGGAGGGUGAGAGUAAAAGAUCUGCCCAGGAUCUGUGUGGGAGAACUGAUGGAAAUAUGAAAGUGGUUUUUCCCAAAGAGGAUGUCGCUGUUCAUCCUCCAGAAUUCAACACUGCCCCAGUCAAAGUUGGAGAUUAUGUGCUGGUAAAGAUACUGUCAUCCACCUCCCAAAGCCUGAGAGGUCGAGCUCUGAGCCAGGGCUCUCUGAGAGGAACUCUGAACGCCUGAGCGUCAGCAUCAUGAACAUGCAGCUUCAGACACGGCAGUGAUUAAAACCUGCAGCUGAGUGGUAUGGUUGAUAUCAUAGCUAACUAAAGUAGCACACUGCCUUCUCUAGAAGGGCUUGAAGACACAUGGGGACUACUUAUCCUUGGAUGUUACUUGUUCUACUGGCUGACUGGAUUGUAGUUAUGAGUGCUAAGUUAUUUGUACAUAUUUGUACUAAAAAAGAUUAAGAUGCUGAAAAUGUUUCUGGAUCAUAAAAACUAUAAACUUUGUUUUGUCUGAA